GGCCAUACACCGUUUUCCGGAUCGGACGGCGUGAAUGUGAAUCCAACGAGACAGCCGCAGCUGGGCAGUUCGUUCGUUCCCCAGCAGAGGAAGAUACAACCCAGGGAGAGAAGAGAAGGGGUCCGAGAAGAGAGGAGAAGAGAAGAGAAUCCAAGGAACGAGCCGGCGGCGAUGGCGUGGCGGGCGAGCCUAUCCCGGAACGUGAAGGAGAUCCGCUUCCUCUUCUGCCAGUCUUCCCCUGCCAGCGGCCCCGCCCGGGAGUUCGUGAAGAAGAACUACGGUGACAUCAAGACCCGCAACCCCACCCUCCCCGUCCUCAUCCGCGAGUGCUCCGGCGUCCAGCCUCAGCUCUGGGCGCGCUACGAUAUGGGCGUGGAGAGGUGCGUGCGCUUGGACGGCUUGACAGAAGCCCAGAUCGACAAGAAGUUGGAGGAGCUAGCCAAGGCAGGAGUUGCGUAAAGCUAAAAACUGUCAGGCUAGCCAAGUUUUCUUGCGUUAAAUCUUCACAAAUAAGAGAAAAGUUAACAUGGGAUGUUACGUUAUCUUGAUUUCAGUACCAUGACUGUACUCAAGUGUUGAAUUUGUACAACUGAUUGCUGAGAAAGUAACUAUUUUUCCUAUCGUUCUUCAA